UUUUUUAUUGGUGUGACAAAUGUAUUCUCGUGAAAUUGCAGAUUUUGGCUUAAUUUUUCUAGGAAUUGAUAAAUGACCCAAAUGUUUUUGUUUUUUUUUUUUUUUGCGGUUGGAAACGUGCGUGACCCCGCGUGACCCCUCCCGUCCCGCCGUCACGCACUUCCGCCGUGGUGACGUCACACCGGGACCACAAUCUGCGGUUCUGUGCGGCGAGUUGGCCACCACACACGGGAGCACCGCGGCCGCCGCUGGGAACCGUGGAAGAUGGAGCCCGCGACGGAACCGAAAGCCUAGCCCACCUCUUCAAGCUCCGGGACCACCACCGUCACGUUCCCGCCUCGCUCCCCGACGGGGGCGUUCGAAGGACGGCCGGCCGGCCGGCCGACCGACCGCGAAGGCUACAGCGGAGCGUCUGGGGGGGGGGCUCGCUCGAGCAGCCAUCUUUUAGCGAGACGAAAUGUUCGGGACGACGCGGCUCGGGCUUCUGUGGCGGCCGGGGGCCUGCUCGCUGGCCGGCGCCGGAGUCCGUCGGAGCUUGGCUGCCGGGCUGCUCGUGGCGCUCGCGGCGCUUGUGGCGGCGGAGGCGGAGGCGAAGGAGUGCGACAAGCCGUGCGUGAACGGCGAGUGCAACGCGGCGACGGGCGGCUGCGUGUGCUCCCCCGGCUGGGUCGGGGACCAGUGCCAGCACUGCGGAGGAAGAUUCAGGUUGACGGCGCCCUCCGGCUUCCUGUCGGACGGACCUGGGAACUACAAGUACAAGACCAAGUGCACUUGGCUCAUUGAAGGACGUCCUAAUUCCAUCCUUCGCUUACGCUUCGAACAUUUUGCCACGGAGUGCAGCUGGGACCACCUUUACGUCUACGACGGGGACUCCAUUUAUGCCCCCUUGCUAGCCGCCUUCAGCGGCCUGAUCAUUCCCGAGAGUUCCAGUAACGAGACUGUCCCCGAGGUGGCGUCACAGUCGGGCUUCGCCUUGCUGCAUUUCUUCAGCGACGCCGCCUACAACCUGACUGGAUUCAACAUCUCCUACAGGGUGAACACGUGUCCCAACAACUGCUCCGGUCGAGGCGAGUGCCGCCCGGCCGACGGCACGGGGGCGCCGCGAUGCCACUGUCGAGACGGCUGGAAGGGCGACGCCUGCGACGUGCCCUACUGCCCGGGUGACUGCGGGUUCCCCGAGCGGGGGCGCUGCCGGGACAAGACGUGCGACUGCUCGCUCGGGUGGCAAGGUCCCGACUGCUCCGUGUCCGUCCCGGCCGACUCGGGCUUCUGGGGCCGCGGGGCCUUCUCCGAGCCGGGCUUGGCCAGGGCCUCGCACAAGGCGGUGGUGGACCAGGGCGUCAUGUGGGUCAUCGGAGGAUACGUCUUCAACGCCUCGGACUAUCACAUGGUCAAAGCGUUUAAUUUAAGCAGCAAGUCGUGGCUGACGCUGGACCCGUCCGUCAACACCGUCCCACCUCGAUACGGCCACUCGGCGGCUCUCUACGAGGGCAAAGUCUACAUGUACGGCGGGAAGAUGGACUCAACGGGGAACGUGUCAAGCCAGCUGUGGGUCUUCCACGUUCAGAACCAGACCUGGGUUCUGCUGAGCCCGCGCACUAAGGACCAUUACGCCGUGGUGGGACACUCUGCCCACGUGGUGCCCCCUCUGCGGGAGGGAGACGCCCCCGUCAUGCUGGUGCUCUUCGGCCACUGUCCUCUCUACGGCUACAUGAGCUUGGUGCAAGAAUACAACAUACAUCGUAACCAGUGGAGCGUGGUGCCCACGGACGGGGCUCUGAUCCAGGGGGGCUACGGGCACAGCAGCGUGUUUGACGCCGCCACCAGAGCCAUCUACACGCACGGAGGCUACAAGGCCUUCAGCGCCAGCAAGUGCGGCCUGGCCGGGGACCUCUACCGGCUGGACGUGGACACCAGGAAGUGGACCAUCCUGAAGGACAGCGGAUUCUUCCGCUAUCUCCACACGGCCGUGAUUGUGAGCGGUACCAUGCUGGUGUUUGGUGGAAACACGCACAACGACACGUCCAUGAGUCACGGCGCAAAGUGCUUCUCUUCUGACUUUAUGGCCUACAGUCUGGCAUGUGACGAGUGGACGCCACUUCCACGCCCGGAAGUCUUUCACGACCCAAACCGCUUUGGCCACUCGGCGGUCGCCAGUGACGGGGUGAUGUACGUGUUUGGGGGCUUCAACAGUCUUCUUCUGAGCGACGUUUUGUGGUACAGCAGCCCCCGCUGCGCCGCCUUCUCCACGGCCGCCUCCUGCUCGCAGGCCUCUCCGGGCCUCCACUGCGUGUGGAACGCCACCCGGGGGUCGUGCCUGCCCUGGGAGGGAAACCCCACCACGGAGCAGCAGCAGAUGCCCGCUUCCUGCAGCAGCAGAUCUUACGCCGACAACGAGCGCUGCGACCAGUACACGGACUGUUACAGCUGCACGGCCAACACCAACGGCUGCCAGUGGUGCUCCGUGCAGUGCGUCUCCCUGGGAAGCAACUGCACCGCCGCCUCGGGACCCGUGGCGGACUUUGACGGCUGUCCUAAAGACAACCCGUCCUACGUGUGCAACAAGAAGACCAGCUGCAAGAGCUGCGCCGCGGACCAGAACUGCCAGUGGGAAACGCGCAACCAGGAGUGCAUCUCGCUGCCCGAUAACGUGUGUGGCGAGAGCUGGCACCUGGUGGGCAACUCGUGCCUGAAGUUCCUGACGGCCAAGGACUCUUACGACAACGCCAAGCUGGCGUGCCGAAGCCACAGCGCCGUCCUGGCCUCCCUCACCACGCAGAAGAAGGUCGACUUUGUCCUCAAGGAGCUGCAGAUCAUGAGCGUGGUGUACAAGGCCAUGGUCACUCCGUGGGUGGGCCUGCGCAAGAUCAACGUGUCGUACUGGUGCUGGGAGGACAUGUCGCCGUUCACCAACACGUCGCUGCAGUGGCUGCCCGGCGAGCCCAGCGACGCCGGAUUCUGCGGGUACCUGGCAGAGCCCGCCACCAGUGGGCUGAAGGCGCAGACCUGCAUCAGUCCCGUCAACGGAAGCCUGUGCGAGCGGCCAGCUAACCACAGCGCCAAACAGUGCCGGACUCCGUGCGCCAUGCGCGCCACGUGCAGCGAGUGCACCAGCGUCAGCUCGGAGUGCAUGUGGUGCAGCAACAUGAAGCAGUGCGUGGACUCCAACGCCUACGUUGCCUCCUUCCCGUUCGGCCAGUGCAUGGAGUGGUACACCUUGAGCACGUGUCCACCAGAGAACUGUUCCGGCUACCGUACUUGCGGCCAGUGUCUGGAGCAGCCGGGUUGCGGCUGGUGCACGGACCCCAGCAACACGGGCAAAGGCCAGUGCAUGGAGGGUUCGUACCGGGGACCUUUUCAGACGUCCGUGCCGGCGCCGUCCUCGCUGCCGGGCCUGCCCGCUACCCCGCUGCCCGCCCUCGACGCCAGCAUGUGCCCCGGCGAUGCUUUCUACAACUGGUCCUUCAUACAAUGCCCAGCGUGCCAGUGUAACGGGCACAGCCGCUGCGUCAACGGCAGCGUGUGCGAGAAGUGCGAGGACCUGACCGGCGGCCGCCACUGCGAGAGCUGCAUCUCUGGUUUCUACGGCGACCCCACCAACGGCGGCAGCUGCCAGCCGUGCAAGUGUAACGGCCACGCCAGCAUGUGCAACCCCAACAAUGGCAAAUGUUUUUGUACUACCAAGGGCAUCAAAGGAGACCGCUGCCAUCUGUGUGAGCUAGAGAACCGUUACCAGGGCAACCCACUGAAAGGGACAUGCUACUACACUCUGCUGAUCGACUACCAGUUCACCUUCAGCCUGUCUCAGGAAGACGACCGCUACUACACUGCCAUCAACUUUGUGGCCACUCCCGAGGAGCCGAACCGAGAUUUAGACAUGUUCAUCAACGCGUCCAAGAACUUUAAUCUGAACAUCACCUGGGCCGCCAGCUUCACGGCGGGUACGCAGAGCGGCGAGGAGAUUCCCAUUGUGUCUCGGAGCAACAUCAAGGAGUUCAAGGAAAGCUUCUCCAAUGAGAACUUCGACUUCCGCAACAGCCCCAACAUCACCUUCUUCGUCUACGUCAGCAACUUCACUUGGCCCAUCAAAAUACAGAUCGCCUUCUCGCAGCACAGCAACUUCAUGGAUCUUGUUCAGUUCUUUGUCACGUUCUUCAGCUGCUUCCUGUCUCUGCUCCUGGUGGCGGCCGUGGUUUGGAAGAUCAAGCAGAGCUGCUGGGCGUCUCGGAGACGAGAGCAACUGCUGAGGGAGAUGCAGCAGAUGGCCAGCCGGCCUUUUGCCACCAUCAACGUCGCCAUGGAGACGGACGAGGAGCCGCCAGACCUGAUUGGAGGAAACGUCAAGUGUGUUCCCAAGCCCAUCGCGUUGGAGCCGUGUUUCGGAAACAAAGCGGCCGUCCUCUCCAUCUUUGUCCGUCUACCGAGAGGCAGCGGAGGAAUUCCACCGCCGGGGCAGUCGGGUCUGGCGGUGGCGAGCGCCCUGGUGGACGUUUCCCAGCAGAUGUGUUUGGGUUUCAAGGAGAAGUCCGGAGGCCUGCGGAGCCGCAAGCAGCAGCCCAGCGCUCAGCCUUCCACUUGCAUCUGACCUCCGACCCCCGAGCGGCUCACCCGCCCGCCCGCCGAACCCCUCCCGGAAGAGGCGCAUGUUGGGAUGCGCCGAUGGUGGAAACGCUUGACCCCCACGUUCAUGCUGCUAGAAGAGAUUUUCAUCUCAUCCCAUCCGAGACUUGGUUUGUCGUUGAGUGGCGGUGGACUUAGUUGGCAGGAUUUCGUUUUUUUUUUCUUCUUCUUUUUUUCCCCCUCCCAGAAAGACAUGACUGAGCCCCGAGUAGGAUCCCUGAGGAACCCCGGAACCUUCCUACAUGCUUCCUCGAUGGUUCCUAAUUGCAGACAUGUGGAGGACCGAUGCGAGGCCAGCUGAUGGACCAGGCGGAUUCCCGCCCCGACGGAAGGUUUUUCCGGCGAAUUCCGUCUCUCGUAGUGGUAACCGUGGCGAUUUUUGGAGCGUGUCGUAAAUAUACUUAGCAGUUAGCUCCUGACUUUUUUUUUUUUUUUUUUUUAACUGAGGGAAAAAAUGUUAUAGCAUCAAAUGUUAUUUCCGCUAGUUCCGCUUCUUCUCUCUUUCUGUUGGAUUUGUGCGUGAAAACGUUUUGUUCAUUUGUGACUCUUGAAUAGUUUUUUUUUUUUAAUUGAGAGGAACAAUGCGUUUAUUUAAUGUGAUUCUGACUGACAAAUAUGACCAAUUUUUUUCUUUUUUUGUCUGGAACGUUUUGUUUCUCAUCAGGAAAAAUAACUUGCGUUUUAGAAGAGAAAUCGGCAAGUUGGGCGGAUUUGGGAUGAUUGUGUGUGUGAGAAAUAUGCUGAAAUGACUUUUUUUUUUCUUUUUUUUUUUUUUUUUUUUUUUUACACUUUGCUUUGUCUCAAUUGGGAAAAAGAAACUUUUUUUUUUUUUUGUAGUUGCGGGACAGGAGUAACGAAAGUGGCGGCCGGAACUCGUUUCCAUUUCCGUGAGACUUGAGAGCGUCUUUUUGUGUUUUGUCUACUGUAACGGAAAUUUUGCAUCCGAGCGCUGCAACUUUGCUCUCUUUUUUUUUUUUUUGCUGACUUUGCUCUUUGUAAAAAGAAAAAUGUGAAUUUUACACGAAAUACCGGGAAAGAGAAUUUGGGAAUGCGAUGUGAAACCGGAAUGCCGACGUUGUUCAUUCGUCACUCAGUUGGACUUCCAAGUGGUACACGCAAAAGAUGAAAAUAUCUUUUGUUGCUUUUUCAAAUUCUGUAAAAAAUGUUUUUGCCGCCUGCUAGCGUAAGAAAUGAAAUUUCCGUGCAUGAGAGCACUUUUUAAGAAUGAAAAUAACUAAAGGAUGGAAAAUG